ACGUCUGAUGGCAUGAUACUACGAGGUCUGUGAGAGCAAUUUGGACGAUUACCGCCUCACAAAGUCCACAUUUCCCUCCUUUGACAACCGUAAACAGGCCUUAGCGGACGGUUAUGUGCCGCUUCCACGGUUGUGGUGAAGACAGACGUGAAAAAAACAAAUGGCCUAGCGGGUUUCUCGUAUGGAAAGCAGGCAGGGCACAGUGGGGCUACAGUGACAUUUUCCCCACAUGCAAAAUCAUGCAAAAGGUAAAUACUGAAGCGGAGGGAUACAAACACUAUUGCAGAACAUGGCCGUCACCUCCGUCAUGUCCUCUCUCGCAGAACGUCCCACUUCGACGACACCGCGCUCUGAUUGGACGAGGGGCCCGCACGUCAGCUGCUGAUUGGAUCGUCGACGGGUCAAUCACGGGCUAAUGUCAAUGACGUUGAUCGUACACUGGGUACGCUGUAUCGCCUGGGUGGACAGUAUAGUUACUUCAACAUUAAAUGGAAUAAAAUGCCGCGGAGUUAUGUAAAUAGAGACGUUGCUUCAGCGUAAUUAAUCAGUGCUCCUUAAUUAACACGGGUCGCCUUCGGAGCCGUUGGCUGCUGGCCUAUUUUCGGGUUUUAUCAGCAAUAUUUCAGGGAGACGAGUGACGUCUUUCUCACCACAGCAGCUGCGGGGAAGUUUUGUCACUUUUGUCCCUGUUGAACAAGCAAUGAACUGAGGACCUCCACUCCUCAACGCCGCACAUCUCCACAGCACCAGCUCUUCAUCCUCACAGCCUGUCAGUUGAAGGAGUCGACGACGUCGCCACAUCUGGACAGAGAAAUGUGUGUGCGUGUGAAUGAUCGGAUGCAUGACUGUGUCUGAGUGUUGCUGGGCUGUAGUACGAGGUCGAAGGCUGCACUUCCUCUCUCCCCCUCCGAGAGGCACUUCUCCACGUGACUGACCGUGACUUUUGUCUCCACACCUGCAAAGCAUCAUGGGUAGGAAAAAGAUUCAGAUCCAACGAAUCACCGAUGAAAGGAACAAGCAGGUGACAUUCACAAAGCGAAAGUUUGGCUUGAUGAAGAAAGCCUACGAGCUGAGUGUGUUGUGUGACUGCGAGAUCGCUCUCAUCAUCUUCAACCACGCAAACAAGCUGUUCCAGUAUGCCAGCACUGACAUGGACAAGGUCCUGCUCAAAUACACAGAGUACAAUGAACCUCACGAGAGCCGAACCAACGCAGACAUUAUUGAGACUUUGAGAAAGAAAGGCUUCAACGGCUGUGACAGUCCAGAGCCAGACGGUGAAGACUCCAUCGACCAAAGUCCCCUAAAUGACGACAAGUACCGCAAGACCACAGAGGACCUGGAUGUUCUCUUCAAGCGCUAUGGAUCGACCGCUCCGCCCCAGACGUUCUCCAUGCCAGUCACGGUCCAGUCGUCCAAUCAGAGCACACUGCAAUUCAGUAACCCUGGCAACGCACUGGUAACUACCUCCUAUGUAACAUCGUCGUCGCUCACGGAUACCCACCUCCUGUCGCCACAGCAACCGGCUCUUCAGAGAAACACGGUAUCUCCGGGGUUGCCACAGCGACCAGCCAGUGCAGGAGCUCUUCUUGGAGGCGACUUGAAUAAUUCAAAUGGAGGAUGCCCAAGUCCAGUCCCUAAUGGAUACACCAGCGCCAGGGCCUCCCCAGGCCUCCUCACUGUUUCCAACGGCAACAGUCUGGGGAAAGUAGUUCCGGCCAAGUCUCCACCCCCACCUCCGAGCCCCCAGAUGGUCAACAGCCGCAAGCCAGACCUCCGAGUCAUCACCUCACAGGGGGGAAAGAGCCUCAUGCAGAUGACAGAGGAUGAGCUGGAAUUGGUAAACGAGAACGCCCAGCGGCUGGCAGCUGGAGCUCAGGUGGCGCAGACCCUCACCACACCAGUGGUCUCUGUGGCCACACCGAGCCUCCUGGCACAGGGGCUGCCCUUCUCUGCCAUGCCCACAGCGUACAAUACAGAGUACCAGCUGACCAGCGCAGACAUCACUGCUCUACACGCUCUGGCGUCACCUGGUGGCUUGUUGCCAACCAGCGUGUCCACAUGGCAGCAGCAGGCUGUUUCUCAGCAAACGCAGCAACAGCAACAACAGCAGCAGCAGCAGCAGCAACAACAGCAACAACAACAGCUUAAUCUUGCAUCACUUAGCAACUUGGUCAUGUGGGGCGUGGACAAACAGAGCAGCGAGCUGAAUAGCCAGGUGUCCAGCCUGGCUGCCAAUCUGAGUGUUGGUUCUCCGUCCAACCUGCUCUUGGGUAGAGAUGAGUGGUUGGGCCGGCCUGUGCCUCAUAUACCUCAAGGCGCCAUGCUGACCGUCAACACGAACUCCAGCGUGAGCAUCAAGUCUGAGCCUGUCUCGCCCGGCCGGGAUCGCAGCACCCCUUGCCCUCCUCCAUCUUCUACCACGCCGUCCUCGACCUCAGGAGGAGCCAUCCUGACUGCACCACCACAGUACCCGGGCUCCCUGCUGUGCCUGGAGCCCCCGACCGGCCGCUCGCCUGCGGACAGCGUGAGCAGCAACGCCAGCUCCUUUGAAGGCAGCGAUCGUGAUGAUGCCGGCGCAGCUGGUGGCGGAGGCGCAGGAGGUGGAGGCGGAGGCGGUGGCAGUGGUGGUGGAGGCGGCGGCGGCGCUACUGGAAGCGGCAAUCCUGCCAGCCGAUCCAUGCCGCCCGACUUCAGCCCUUCAGCCGAGCUCCUCAGGGCGUCGAACGAACCGGAGCAGGAGGGAGGGAACAUCAAGCGCAUGAGAUUGGACGCCUGGGUCACAUAGAGGCGACACCUCUCCCAUGGCGAAGUUUGGUGACACUCGCAACACACACACACACAUACACACACACACCCACAUUCAUCCUUACGCCCCCACUGCCCCGACCCCACUGCCAUGUGACACUAUCAUCACACAUCUGCCUCUGUCCACGUUUAUACAACUCAGCUGCAUUACCCAGACUAAUGAGGCUUUGCCAAGCAAAAACAAAACAUAAAAAAAUGAAAUACGUCGGGGAUCAAGCCCCGACUGAGGAGACGAUGGCUUCGUGCUCAUCUGGGUGUUUUGUCCCUGGUAGGCCCUUGAAUAUAGAGGGACAGUAGAUCUUUAAAGCCUUCUUGCUUGAAUGGACUCACGUUUAGUAAUUUCUUUUGGUAGAAAUUAGGUGUUGGACCUUUUUUUUUUUGCAACCUGACGAAACCACAAAAACAUUUAUCUCACGUGGUUUCUGCAUAACCGUCAUGUAUUUACAUCCGCUACGUUGUUCACGAUGUGAUUGGUGGCUUGUCGACAUUAUGAGACUCACCACUUCCUGCUCGCUGAAAUCCAACUGGAUUGUGUGCUGUCCAUUCUUCCAUAAAUCACCUCUAAACUGCACUUUUGGAUCUUACUUAAAGUUUGAGGACUGAGCAUCUAUGUGGCACUGAGCGAACAGACUCAAACAGGCCCUCCUAGGUGAGGAUACGGUUCUUUCUGCUGCAGCCCCUCAGGUGGCACUCUGUGGCUGUGGAGUCGAGGACCUUGCCAGAGUGCCAAUAUUGACCUCUCUUCAGCGUCAACAACAAAAUGCCAAAUGCCUCUCGCACACGGUGCAGGGACACUGACGAAUUAUCACUCGCACUGUCACGGAACUAACAAGAACUAGAAAACUGUCGAUGCUCUUCAGGCUCUGAAUUCGCCGUCGCUCUCUCCUUGGACCGGGUGCUCUUCCCGUCCCGUCCCGUCCCGUCCCGUCCCGUCCCGUCCCGUCCCGUCUCACCUCAUCUCUGGACCUCGGAUGGAAAUCGUUGCAACAGAAAUCCAGCCAGUCGACUCAGCUUAUUAACCAGGAGUAGAUGCCAUCCAGUUAAAAUGCAUAGAGUUUUUCGAGCCUUUGGUGGCUUUUAUUUUGUCGGGUAGGGAAGUAUUUGGUUCUUUCAGUCCAAGUGUUCUUUAUAUGUUGGUAUUUAAAAGAAAAAAAAUCUGUUUUGAGGGUCCGUUAGUCGUCCAAGAAGUAGGAAUUCUGACUUUGUAUAAAAAUCACUCCUUAUACAAAAGCUUUGAUGUCCUCUUUAGCUCUCUAGCUCUCCUUAGCUCUUUGCCGUGUUUCAAAAAGUGACAGGAAAAAGACAUUUUCUAUAUUUCUACCGCUUCAGUUGGCGACAAAGUAAAAAUAGCUUUUCGGCUUCAACGACGUGUAUGUACAUAUGAAUAUAUUUGCAUAGACUUUGCUAGGUAUCCCUAAAAACAAGCAAUGUGUUGAUUCUCAGUGGAUCUGUUUGCAUAUAUGAGUGUGACUUUGAUAUGUUUCGAGCUACGGUGCAGGGGUUAACGCCGCACUAAGUAGUGCAGGUGGACCGGACUUGUUUCAGUAAACCUAUUUUAUGCUAGUGUUGAUGGUGUGUGCACUUUCUGUCCCCCACUCACAGAGGCCUGCUUGGUUGUGGUGUCAUCAUAUUCUCCUACCACACAUUUUUUAAAAAAAAAACCCACGAUCAAAGUCAUCCAUAACCACCUGAACAUGAGCAGACUAGGACACUGCCAUUCACUCGUAGUGUAGUUUGAGAGGUGAAACACUUCCUUGAUUGACAGAACCGUGUAAAAUCUUUUCCACGUUAGACACAGAUUAUGCCUUUUUUCACUUUGAGAUGAAGUCAAGACAUUGGCUACCAAGUGCUGUGUUUGUGGUUCAAAUGUAUGUUUUCUAGUUUUGUCUGAAACCAUUUCAAUUUUGUGUAUGAGUGUGUGUAUACACAGGUUGUUUAUAGCCUACAAAUAGAGAGUUUCUCCUUUUUGUUUUCCUUGAGACGAUGCUCAAAGCGCAGACUGUUGUUGUUGACUGAUUAGACAAUCCUACACUUUAAAGUCAGUGUGGGUGGAGUGGAGGAAGUGGACCCGGCUGCACGUAUUUGAUGAUGCUCGGUGCGAUUAGUCACAGCCCGCAGCACUGUGGGUUUGUGGCGAUAGUCUGGAAAAAAACAUCCUCGUGUUGACGAUGUUUUCAAUGAUCAGGCAAGAUUUCUCCGUCCCUCGUUCGACAGCGUGGUGGGUAGCUUUUCUUCUCUCGAUCACCCCUGAUAAACAAUUCAACAUCCAACACAUUCAAUAAACUCAUGUUGGAGAAAUUUGCCCCUAAAACAGUUAAAGGAAUAGUUUGACAUUUUGGGAAACUAGCUUGUUCGCUUUCUUGCCGAGAGUGAGCAGAGGAGAUCAGUAUUAACUCAUAUUUGAGCUGAAAUUUCAAGUAUUACAGCUGCAGCCCCAGCGUGAAGAUGAUGAUCGAUUGUCCCCAGGGACUUUUAACAAUCUUUCAAAGAUGGACUCUUUACAGUGGUUAACCAGAGCCUGGUAAUGAUAAUGCAAGUCUACCAAGGCCCACGGUUACACAGUACAAGGUGGAAAUUUCUUGUUAAAACAAUGGAAACAAAUAUUUUUCCAGCCCAAACCAUAGUCACAUGACUAACGUUAAUUUAACACAGAUCUGAAUAUUCCAAAAUCAUGACUCCCUGCUACAUUUUCAAGUUCACAGCUGUGGCUAUAUUGGAAUUAAUUAUUAUUAUAGUUUAAGUAUAAUUAAUAUAGUUAUUGAUUGAUAAAGAAGACAGAAUAACCACUGCUUCAUGGUCUGAACCAAGACCUUUAACUUUUAUUCGGCUCACAACUGUAGCACAUGCAGACAGACUUUUAUUGUACCUUUCACAAUAAAAGCCUCAGGAGAUAUGCACUGUUACUGCUCAUUCACCGCUAAUGACACAUUCAUGUCAUAUUGUUGAGACUGUAAUUACGAACAAUCAGAGGCCAAGUUUUUCUCCAAAUUCAGAAUACAUUUUAGACUAGUGUCAAGAAAACUGUCUAAAGAAAAUGUGAUUUAACGCACAUUUCAAUCCACAACCCCUCCGGUCUGUGACCAUUGAACCGUUUCACUCUUGCAAAGAAACCAAACAAGUGUUUCCCUGAAUGCUGAACUAUUCCUUUUGAAAGAUCCAACCGAUGAGUGGUACCAGCCUCGGAAAAUCAUUUUCCAUUUUUAAAAAAAAGCUUCCUCGAAAACUCUUUCGUGUUUGUGGGCGCUGAUGGUUGACUGAAAUGUGACACCACACCGAUUGGCUUCGGCGUUCUGCUUCACGCAGGUUCGUUCAUGUACAAAAAGGUUCUCUGUCCAAUCUAGCAGUGUAGUCACAAGACAAUCUAUAUGAGAAAUGAAAACCUGCACCCCUGUUACUCGUUGUGUACAAUGUUUUUUAGAAUCUCACUAUUUUUGGAUUAAUUUUGUGCUGGUGACAGUUCCAUUGUCUUAUUAUUAUGAUGAUAUUAUUAUGGAGCUUUUUAUUUUAUUGCUAUUUCGUGUAGGAUAGUCGACUUGUUUUUAUUUUCUCUCUCUUAUUUUCUCUUCCUUAUCAUAAACAUAUAGUACUGGUUUCCUUUUUUUAAAACAACUUGCUGAAAAUUGCACGAUCAGUUAUUGUGGUAUUAGCAAAUGCAACGAAGGAAAUACCAGUUUAAAUGCUGCAAUUUUAAUUAAGAUAUAGAAUAUAUUUAUAAAUGGGAAACAACUGAAAUUAGUAAAUCAUGAAAUUUGAAAAAUGUAAAUGCAUGGGAUACAGGUAACAGCGAAACUUAAGUUACGUAGAGUAAUGAUACAGGACAUGCAUCACAAAUGAGUUUGAAAAACGACUCAGAAUAAUGUAGCAUAUGAAAUACUAAAGAUGAAAUUUAUAGCUAAUAUAUUGUGUUGAGCUAGUCUGCUUUGGGUUUUUGUUGUAAAGAAAAUAUUUCUUUUUGUUGUUUUUUUGAGAAUGAUAUACAAUUUGUGUAUAUUUUCAUAUACAAAGUAUGCACUGAUAUGUUAUUGAAAUUCUAUACCGCUUUUACAAAAAAAGUGUUUGUUGUACCAAAGUAUCCAAGUCCCUUGAGACCUUACCCUUUUUGCGUAUGUUUUACCGUAUUUUAUAUAUUAAAUAGACAAACUGAGUGAAAUGAA